CGACCUGGGAAGCGGGUGGGGGCUGCUCUCCGCCUUCCGCACCCCGCCCGGAGGGGCAGAGCGCUGCGCGCGGCGGCGGGGCGGCUCGGUGCCCGGCGGGCGGCCCGUCUGCGCGGCCCGGGCGGGCCUGCGGUCGGGGAUGAGGACCGCGCCUCCGCGCCGACCCGGGAGCUCCUCGGAGGGCGCCAGCGCGGCGGGCGGAGCGGGCCCCCGGAGCGGGAGCCAAGACAUCCUCAUUCCUCAGGAAGCCGUGGGGCGACCAGCUGGGGGCCCGACAACACAGGCUCCACUCGGGACCAUGAGGACACGCUUCUCCAGGGCCCCCCACGGAGUGAGGAUGGCCACCCAGCCCACUCCCUGCAACCCUGCUUGGACCACUGCACCCUUCUAGCACCCAGACAGAGGGGCCAUGCCCGGGGAGCAGCGCCACAGAGCCCCACCCCCAGCCAUGACCAGGGACCUGCCACCCUGCCAAGUAGCCAGCGGCACAGGGGGCCCCUCCCAGCCUCUCCGCGAGGACAGUGCCCCAGCCAGCAGGACCGCCAAGACCACAGGCAGCCGGGCGCAGGCCGUGGAGCCCCCUGAGCCCCAGCCACGGCAGCCCAAGGCUCCUCCCCUGAGAACGCAUCCCCGCGGCAGCCCCCCGGCCCCAGCACGGAGGAGCCUCGCACAGGCCCACAUGCGGAGGGCCGGCAGGGCGGAUGGCAGCCCACCCCAGCAGCUCUUUGGUCUGGGCAUCGCCGGCUCAAGGACCAGACCCACCCUGGACAAGAACCCUGAGGGCCCACAGCACAAGGCCCCUGGGCCUCCAGAGGUGGAGGCCCCAGCUACCCCAGAAGAGCUCAGCUGCCAAAGGUGCUUCCAGGAGACCCCCUCCAGCUUCACCUCCACCAACUAUACCUCACCGAGCACCACCCCCAGGCCCCCGUCCCGCAGAGCUCCGCAGAGCAGCGGGGCCAGCCCCUGCCGGCCAGCCUCCUACUCGGAAUUCUGGCCUCCCACUGCUGAGAACAGCUUCCCAGGUGCUAGUUUUGGGGUCCUCCCCACCGAGCCGGAGCCCUUCCCUGAAGGCGGCAGCCCCGGGGGGGCCUCCUUUCAGUACCCCUUCUCAGCUCUGCACGGUGCUGGCCUGAAAGCGUUCCCUGAGGACGCUGCCGGGCCCAAGUAUGCAGAGCGCGCGCUGGCGUUCGCCUUCCCCCGGCCUCGCGGAGCUUGGCCAGAGGAGGUGGUGGGCGCGGACACAGGCUAUCCCGCGCCCACCCAGCCUGCUGCUCUGCCCCAACCCUGCUACCCAGGCCGGCCCGGUGGCCCCAACCCCCCCACUGACCUCACCCAUGCUCCCCAUCCCCCUGGUGCUGCCCCCUCAGCCCCCAGCCCCUUCCCUGAGAGGCCCCCUUCGGCCCAUGAUGGGCUGGGGAGCCCCAGGGGGCCCCCCAACUCUCUGCCUCAGAGGCACUUACCCCAGCAGGCAUACGGAAGCCCUGGAGCCAGUGGGGUGGGCACCAGCCCAGGGUCUCUGGACACAGAGCUGGCCACCCCAGGGCCCCUGCCUGCCAGACUGCCCCAGCUGUGGGACCCAGCUGCAGCCCCUUACCCCACGCCUCCCCUGGUCCCCCCAGCCGCUACCAGGAGUGCGUUCUUUGAGGGCCAGCCCAGCCCAGGCCAGCGGCGUGGCCUCCCCCACAGUCCCCCACUCCCCUGGCCCCAGGCACUCCCUGCCGCGGGGCCCAGUCCCCACCGAAUGGAGAUGCUGAGCCAGCCGCCUCUCCCCCCUGGGGCCCCGGAGUGGCAGGGGGUCAGCCAGGGAGGCCUGGGUGCUGCUGGCAAGACUCCUGGGCAUGGGGAGAAGCUGGCAGUCCUGAGAAAGAGCCCAGGCCAGCCCGGCGGUGGCUCCCCCGGACUGUUCCCCUACAACGGACUGAAGGACCCUGGAGCCCAGUCCCUGUUCUUUGGGGUGGCCCAGCCCCAGGUCUCACCCCGGGGCACCCCUGGCCUGCCCCCACCCAGGGUGGUGGGGGCCUCGCCCAGUGAGUCCCCGCUGCCCUCACCCGUAACCAACACUGCGGGCAGCAGCUCCUGCUCGUCACUGUCGCCGCUGUCCAGCAGCCCGGCCAACCCCAGCUCGGAGGAGAGCCAGCUCCCUUGCCCACUGGGGACCCCCAUCUUCUUCCACGCGCCCCCGCCCCCACAGGAGAGCGGCAGCCCCUUCCCAUCCCCCGAGCCCUCGCACGCCGUCCCCAUCCGCUGCCAACAAGAGCCGGCCAAGGCCUUCCCUUUUCCUGCAGGUGAGCUGGGGGCCGAGGGCGCCUUCCCCGGCCUCGGGGAGGCCCCGUUCCCCAGCACAGGCCCUGAGCUGGGCAGCGGGGGGCUGGAGGGCUUCCCCCAGGAGCCACCCCCCUACUCUGCGCACCACUUCCCCCUGAGCAGCGCCAGCCUGGACCAGCUGGAUGUGCUGCUCACCUGCAGGCAGUGUGACCGCAACUACAGCAGCCUGGCCGCUUUCCUGCAGCACAGGCAGUUCUGCGGCCUGCUCCUGGCUGGGGCCAGGGACGGCACUCAGCAGCCCCCGGGGCUCCCCGUGUCCCCAGCUGCCCACCCCGCGCCAGCCACCCCCGCAGCACCGGCCAGUGGGGACCCGCGCCUGCUCAGCCUCGCCAAGGGGAACCCCUUCCUGCUGGGCGGGGAUGUCCCCACUGAGGGCGGAGACGACCCCUUGAGGGCAAGCGUCCUGCCCAGCCUGGCCACCACCCCCUUCCCACUGCCCGCCUCCGACCCGGACCUGGAGGACGACGCCAAGCUGGACAGCCUCAUCACGGAGGCGCUCAACGGCCUGGGGUACCAGUCAGACAGCCCUGAGAUCGACAGCAGCUUCAUUGACGUCUUCGUCGACGAGGAGCCUUCCGGCCCCAGAGGUCCCAGCAACGGGCAGCCCCCCAAAACCAGGGCGGGGACAACGCCAGAGAACAAAGCCCACCCCCCACUCCCACCCGUGGCAGCCCCACCGAGGCCCCAGGCCCCCCGCCCUGGGGAUGGCCACGACCCCACCCACGGCAGGCCCAAAACCCGCUCCCUGGGCCCAGCGUCUGUGGGGCCGGACGGGGCUGGCCUGGCCAGCCAGCAGAGGAGAGGGAAGCGGUUUAAGGUGCUGCAGAAAGAGCUGGAUGCAGCCAACGCCGUCAAGAGGCCGGGCAGGGGCGCCAGAGCUGCCCGCCUAAGGCCCAGGAGGAAAGCAGGCGGGGCUGAGGCACCCCUGUCCCGCCCCCGGGACCUCAGAACCCAGGUGCCCGAGAGCCCAGCAGAUCCCCACGGAAGGGCCCUCCCAGUGGAGACCAGGAGCGCCAAGCGCCUCCGGCUGUGCCCCAGGAAGGACUCCCGCCGGCGGCGGGCCCGGGGCACCUGGAGCAAGGAGCUUAUCCACAAGAUCGUGCAGCAGAAGAACAAGCGCCUCCAGGGCCAGGGACCCAGCGCCGCAGACACCCAGCCCCAGGACUGCGCCUCCGAGUCCGAGGACGAGGGUGGCGCGCAGCCCCGGGGCUCCCGCUGCAGAGGGCAGCCCCGCCUCGGCUGCCGGAGGCCACGCAGCACCAAGGGCAGGGAAGCGGCUCUGACCCCGGGGCCCAGGGAGGACCAAAGGCCACAGAAACCAAGGAAGGCCGGGAGGCAGAGAGCGGCAGAGGACAGGGGCUCCCCAGACCCAGAGGAGCUGGGCAGGCCGUGCCCACGCCCCAGGGAGAGGAGACCCGAGCGCCUCCUGCCGGUUCCCACCAGCACCAGGACCCCAGAUAACCAUCCAGCAUUGGACUUCCUCCCAGAGACCAGGAACCCUGAAACUGCUGAGGAGCCCCCGCCUGGCACCACAGAACUACUCAGAGAGGAUUCCAGCCCUUCUCCAGCCACCCGUGCGGAAGGAAGCCCCUGCCCUCCCAGCCCGGAGCAGCCGCAGCCCGGAAGAGAGGACGCCGUGCCGCCUCGCAGGGGCUCACCAGCACCGUGCGCAGACAGUCACCUGGGAGCCCCCCAGUACAUGGAGCCCCCCACCUCCCAGGACAAAGAGGAGACCCCUGCGCCCCCGCUGGGAAAGCCGCCGGUGCCCGUCGCUGAUGCAGCUGAUGCUGCCAGGCCCAAACCCAACGUCCUGUUUCUGAAGCCUCCUGAUCUUGGUUGUGAUCCUGUUCUUUUUAAUGGACACUCCUUGGGGGUUUCAGCUGCCAAGAGGGGAUCCCAACCCUACAGACACUCCCCCAGUGAAGUGUUUCUUGUACCCAAAGACCUGGUUGGCUGUCUACACAAAGACCCGUGCUCUAAGCCCUUCGUUCCCGACACUCUGCCAGCCAGCAGUGCACACCUUUGCCAGGACGGUGUGGAUGCCAGUUCCCCGGAGCCAAAACUGCCCAGGAACCUGCCCUGCACAAUCGACUCGGACCCGGGAAGAGCCGAAUCACCACUGACCUUAGAGACCACACCCCUCUUCUCGGGGCUGCCCAUGGACAGGUUCAACCUGCCCAUCUACCACAGCCCAUCUGCAGGCGGGGACACACAUUCAUCGUGUGUGCAUGCUGACCCUCCCCCAAGGAAGCCUGGGUCGGACCCACUAUUCCCUUCGUUUCUGCCUGAGAAGGGUUGGUCCCUCCUGGAGGAAGUGUCCUCGAUACUUCCCCGCCAUAUGGGCCAUUUCCCUGACCCCUCGGGGGAAAAGGCAUUCACUGAGACGUGCCCCAGUGGAGGCACUGCGACCUCCAGCACCCCCUCUUUGCCUGGCAAGGUCAGUGAAGGUAGCAUCCCUUUCAUGAGCAACCUGUCUGAGGAUGAAUUAGAGAUCAAAAGACUGGUCACCGAAUUAGAAAGUCAGCUGCAAAGCAAAAGUGCACACGAGGCCUCGGGGUUGCUGUGCAGAGCUGGGCACACGGGCAGGAUGCACUUGGGCACGGCCGUCCCACCGCAUGCCCCCCAGGCUGCCUCGCCCCAGAAGGACGCGUCCGCCACAGCCAGCCUCACCAGUCUCAGGGAACUAAGUCUGCAUCUGGAAGGGGCGGACAAAGCCGAGGUCACCGCAGACGGGGCCCCGGGGCCCCCCCGGCAGGACUGGUCCUCAUCCCUCCAAGGGGAAGCAGCCCUUCUCCCCCGUGCCCAUGCAGACAUGGUUCCUGGGGCCCCCUUUGACCCCACUGGGGCGAGCUUCAGUUUCCAGCCAGUGCAGAAAGCCAGAGUCUCUGGAACGGAGCCCCCCGAGGCAGAAGGAGACUGUGGGGUCUGCCCGGAAGCCUGCGUGCCCGGCCCCAGGGAGCCACUCAAGCCCCCGUGGGACAUAGGGAGUUUGGCAAAGUGCAGCCCAAACCAUGAGCCUGUACUUCCUAAAAAUAACGUGGCUGCCAGAAUACAUCCCCGCGCAGCCCGCAUGCGGCAGCCUCCCUGUCCUCGGAGAGGAGGGCUUUCCCCAGGGUCCCCCAAGGAGCCCGGGCCCUGCCAAGAUCCCCCUGAGCUGGAAGUGCUGGGCAGCACUGCUGCCCACUUGGCACCUGACCUGGCAUUCCGGGGUGCCACCCCACCCUCUGGUGUCAGUCACAGCGACACCUCCAAGGGACACCCUGUGAGCAGAGCAGGGGGGCCAGAGAGAGCAGGAUUCCUCCACCCUGUGGCGGGGGGCGCUGACCCUGAGGGCAGUGAGGCGUUUGCACCCAUAGGGGCCUCCUCAAGUCCUGCCUGCACGCCCCACGCCAGUCCUGGCAGGAGGCCCCCAGACCCAGGCACGAGCCCCCUACAGCAGCUCCAGCUCCUGGUGGCCAGAGCAGCUGAGAGGGAAGAAGAUACCCGGGGCUUACAGGGGCCCCCAGGUGACACCCAGAGCCCUCGGCACAGCAAACCCUCAGACUUGGAAGGGAAUGGUGUGAGAGGUGGGAACAGAGCCUGGGGCUGCCUGGGGGCUGUGCAGAUGGCAGUUGUCCCUGCCGAGACCAUUCGGCAGCUGGGUCCAGAGGCAGAUGGACACGCUGGCUCACUGGGCCAGACAGAGAAGCCUGAUAAUAGGGAGGGCCCAGGGGUGCCAGGGGGCCUCACCGCAGUCCAUGCCAAGCCUGGAACUGCCCUGGCCAGGCUGGCCAGGGGGGAGGACCAGCCGCCAGAACUGCUCCAGGGAGGCAGGGUGGUCUCCAGCCCUCAGGAAGGAGCACGCGUCACCCCAAGCCCUAUCUCCUCUGAAGUGGAAUCUUUGGUCCCGGCUUGGGCAGCAGCUCGAGCCCAGAAUGGGCCUAAGGACUGGACCCCAGAGGCAGUGACCAGCCCAGGCCUUGAGAAGCAUCUGCGGCUCACUGGGGAGAGCCCAGAACCUCCUCUCGGGGAGCUGGCUGGCCGUGCCCCCUCUCCCACUUGCCCAGUUCCCCACAGCCUCCAGCACCUACCGGGGGAAGAUAAUCCCACAGCCCCUUCAGGUGAGCUGAGGGCGCGGCUCCCAGCACCUCCACGCUGUAGGGACCCAACCAGCCCACGGCCUCUGCCAGCCCAUUCUCCUGCCCAGACACCUCCAAAAAAGAACCAUGGCACCCCAGCCCCCACAGAUGGUGAGGUUGGGAGACACCCAGCAGCACCCCCAUCUUUGAGGACAAGCGCCUGUGGCCUUGAGGACAGCCUGGCCCGCCGCCCCCUCCUGAGGGACCACUGCCCCCUGGAAGACCCUCCCAAGGGACAGCUCAGCUUCCCCAGUGUCCUCACUGCCACCCACAGCGGGGACCACCCUGGAGGCCACGUGCGAAGAGCCCUGGAGGAUGCCAGAAAAGAGAGGCCAAGGGUAUCUCCUGCCCAUGACAGCCUUCCACCCACAGGGAGAGCCGUCUCUGCAAGAGUGACCAUCAAGGCCGCUGCCCUGCCCUGCACCCCCGGCACAGAGGGCAUGGGGGCAGUCAGAGGGCCCAAGGCAGGGGAUCCAGGCCCCAACUACCAGGAAGCCCUACCCAACACCUGCCCCAAGAGGACAUCCGAGCACCCAUCCUCAGAACCCCCAGGCAACAGGGCAGGCCAGGGUGUCAGCACUGUGCCCACUGACCCGUCCACACUGCAGGGGGCUGCAGGGCCAGAUCCCCAUGUCUGCCAGCAAGGUGAGGCAGGGACCAGCUUCCCAGGUCAAGAAGACCUGGGGACACCUGGGGCCAGGCACCCCAGCCUCACAGAAGUGUCCGAAGCUGGCAUCAGGGCCCCAGUGGCCGCCUGCCCCACCUCGGAGCUCUGGCCGGACAGAGCCACGUCUCUGAGCGGUGCGACCAGUGGCUCCAGACCCAGCUUUCCACAAGGCCUUGGCAAUGCUCUCCACCACACACCCCAGAGGGCCCCCCUCAGUCCCCGGGACCCCAAACAGGAGCCUCAUGGCUUUAAAAAGAAGCCUAUGGCCACAGAAAAUGGCCACUGGAAGGAUCAAGCCGCUAGCAGGCAGCCCGUGACCUGUGAGGUGUGCUCGGCUUCCUUCCACUCAGGGCCAGGCCUGAGCCACCACAGAGCCGGGCAGCACGGGCUGCACAAGGCUGCUGCCUCCCAGCCCAGCGCACCGGCCCCUCCCGUUCCCCAGGCCCAGGAGCCCCAAGCCCAGGUGUGCCGGCUCCCCGGGAAGAAAAGCCGCAGGGCGCCUCAGAAGGAGAAACCCAGGUCUGUGCUAAUCGGCCCGCACCAUGCUGUGGGGCUGCCUCCCGUCCUCAGCUCCCCAGCUCCUGAGGACACCCCAGGUUCUGAGACAUGCACGGGGCUUACGCAGGGUUUUGGCAUCCUGGCAACACCAGGAGAUCCCCCCAGCCAGGAACCACAGCCUCUGGGCCUGGCCGAGCCAGGGGUGGACAUGAGGCCUGCAGAGUCCAGGAAACAGGGCCUGCUAGAGAGGGGCAAGCCCCAACCCCAACAGGCAGAGAGAGGCGGCCAGAGGCGGGGCAGAGCCCCCUGGGACUCCCCCAGGGAGUCAGAGGGGACAUCAAAUGACAGAGACAGAGAGAGAAAGCGGAGCGCCAGAGGGCUCUGGGAGGAGAGCGGGCCUUGCGAUGUGAUUUCAGAUAGAAGUGGCUGGAAUCUGUCGACUGCAAUUGCCAAUUACCCAGCCCCGAUGAGCCGCUGCCCCUCACCAGAGGCAGAGCAGGAGACAGAUGUCCCACAGCUGCCUGGAGUGGCCCCACCGGGGCCGGAGGGGACAGAGGGCACAGCAGGCGUGGUCCCAGAGGCAAUGAUGGCACCAACGUCACCCAGGGAUUGGACGGCCUGUCCGGGGAGGAAUGGGGGGCCACCCCCUGGGGAAGGGACGGAAGUGCAGAAGCCUGCCUUGGCCAGGGGGCGCUGGGGGCCCCCAGAGACCUUGACAGCGGGCGCCUGCAAAGAGGCAUCGCAGGCAGCCCAGGCUAAGCCUGAGGAGGACAGCAGAGCAGCUGAGAGUGGGUCAAGGCAGGGCGUUUGGGAGGAGCCCCAGGCCCCCUCAGGCCCCCCAGGCCCUCCAGAGACUUGUGCUUCAGAAGCAGACGGUGCUGUCAGUGGCUUCCCCCAGGAACCCCCGCGAACCCCAGAAGCCCAGGCCGGGAUCCAGGAGCAGGAGGACGCCACCCCCGGAGCCCCCAGCCCGGAUCUCGGAGACCCUCUGAGCUUGCUUGACGACGAGGCCUCUUUCUCCCGGCUCUUCCCGCUGGGCAACCACUUUACCCGGGUCAAGAACCCCCGUGUCUACGGGAAGCGCUGUAAAAAGCCAAAGAGCCCACCGCAGUGGGAGCCCCUGGAGGAGGCUGGGGGCAGCGCUGUGCUGGCCUCCAUCCGCCUGCCCACAGACCUCAGCGACUCGGGCUCGCUCUGCCUGUCCCACGAGGACCCGUGGGGGGACCAGGCCACAGAUCUGCCCGAGUCCUUCCUGCUGGAGGGCUUUCUCAGCAGCAAGGUGCCUGGCAUUGACCUCUGGGCCCCUGGCCCCAGCCUGUGGGCCCUAGAGCCCGACCCGGGGUUAGACUGUGCCAAGGAGGUGCCCUCCCGAGCCUCAGACCCCCAGUCGGAGAACAUCCCCGAGCUGCACAUGGUCCCGGCAGCUUGGCGAGGCCUGGAGCUGCAGGCCCCCACCGCUGACAGCAGCUCUUCCCUCGGGGCUGUGAGCCCCGAGCCCCCCGACCUGCAGCGAGAGCACUAUGAUGAAAGCCUCCCCGGGCGCACCGCAGAGCCCGAGAUGCUCAGCACCGAGCCUGACCCUCAAGGUCUGUGCUUCCUGGGACCCUGCGAAGACCCUGUGGGAGGCCCCGGCACGAGCUUCUUCGACCCCGGGGUCACAGGGGGCUCUCAGGGCCCCCAGAGCAGAAGGACAGAGGACAGGGCCAGGGCAGGCCGGGGUACAGGCCGGGCCAGGCACGCCAAGGCCGGAGGGGGGCCCUACAAGUGCAGGGCGUGCUUCCAGCGCUUCCGCGGCCCGGGCGAGCUGGACCUGCACAGGCUGGCCCACAGCCCCUCGCCGCCCCCCACCUGCUACAUGUGCGUGGAGCGCAGGUUCGGCUCGCGGGAGCUGCUGCGGGAGCACCUGCAGGAGAAGCACGCGCAGAGCAAGACGGGGCGCUGGGCCUGCGGCAUGUGCCUGAGGGAGGCCUCGGACGUGUGGGUGCACAACGAGCACCUUCGAGAGCACGCCCUGCGGUUCGCCCGCAGGGGCCAGGCACGGAGGCCCCUGGAGGGCCUGCCUGGGUGCUGGGAGGCGGACGGCAGGGGCACAGACUGCCUGGGCGGCCCCUCGGGGUGGGCGUCCACGCCCCACAGGGGCAAGCUCUCGGAGGGCAGGGCCAACGCCGGCGCCACAGACGCGCCGGGGCAGGAGACGGAGGCGGGCAGAGCAGUCCCCAGCCAGAGGGCGAGGCCCAAGGCCCGGGCCAGGGGCUCAGACCGAGAUGGUGCCCGGAGCCCCGACGGUGCGCUGCCCCACGGCAGCCCUGCGGCCUGCGCCAGCCCCACGCCGCCGGACAGCUCUGCCCCUCUCUCCGGCUCUGCCGAGACGCCCCCCGGCCCGGGUCCCGGGCCCCAGGUCGACGGCGAGACCCUGCUCCGAGCCGCGCGCGUGCACGGGGACUGCAGGGACCCCUCCCGCGACUGCCACCACUGCGGGAAGCGGUUCCCCAAGCCCUUCAAGCUGCAGCGCCACCUGGCGGUGCACAGCCCUCAGCGCGUCUACCUGUGCCCCCAGUGCCCGCGGGUGUACCCUGAGCACCAGGAGCUGCGCGCGCACCUGGCGGGGGCGCACGGGAGGCGCGAGGAGCGGGAGCUGCAGCACACGCCGCUGUACGCCUGCGAGCUCUGCGCCGACGUCACGCUCACCAGCCGGCGGUCCUUCGCCUGCAGCUCCUGCAACUACACGUUCGCCAAGAAGGCACAGUUCGACCGGCACAUGGACAAGCACCUGAGGAGGGGUCAGCAGCCCUUCGCGUUCCGCGGCGUGCGGAGGCCGGGCACCCCCGGGCAGAAGGCGCUGUCCCGAGAGGGCACGAUGCCCAGCAAGCGGCGCAGGGUGGCCGUGCCCAGCAGUGCCGCAGGGCCCGACAUGAACAGGCCCCCGGCCCCAGGCAGCCAAGGAUCCCCCUCAUCCCAGCUGCAGCCCUGCCCGGAGGCAGCUCCCAGGACCCCAGAGAGGCCAGUAGGUCCUGUGGGCCACCCAGUCUCGGGGGAGAGUCCGCCCUCUGACCUCCUGGACCUCCUGCCCCUGUCUCUGUCUCCUUUCCCCGCAGCCUUGGCUGAUGGGAGAGAUGUCCAGAAGCCGGACAGGGACACCCUGGAGGGCUCCGGGGGUGAGGCUUCCCCGGGCAGACCUGGGCCUCUUCUCCAACAGAUUCUCCCACUCGGGGGGUCUCUGCCCCGGCCAGGGGCCAGACACCAGGAUGAAGAGGAAAGGAGGGCCGCUGGCCCAUUCUCAGGGAAACGCAGAACCCCGAGUGCCCCUGGCCAUCCCGCAGAAGCCCCCUCCCCGCUGCGGAAGGAGAAGCAGGCGCCCAUGUGCCACGUAGCACCUGAGGCGGGCAAGGGGGGCCCCUCCCACAAGGGCAGUGCUACCAAGCCAGGGGGGUGCCAGAGUUCAUCAAAGGACAGGUCAGCCUUGUCCACCCCCAGCAAAGCACCCAAGUUCCCUGUGCAACCAAAGAAGGCUGUGGCCAACCCCACCGCUAGAGAGCUAGCCCACGGCAUCGAGGACAGGCCGAAGCCCACCACCCCCAGAGCCAAGCCAGGCCCCAGCUCCCGUGGCAGUGGAGGCCCCCCGCACAGCACCAAGACAGCAGGUGGCAGCCACCCUGGGCCGGCUGGUGGGCAGCUGCAAAGCGAGACAGCCACCACCCCAGCCAAGCCCACCUGCCCAGGCCGGGGCUCUGCCCCAGCCAAGGGCCACCCCAAGGGGCCAAGGAACGCUGGUGGCCAGGGGCCCCGGGGAAGCCUAGGCCCCCAGGAUGAUGGAGAGGUGGGUCAGAAGAAGAAAAAGGGCCGAGCCCCAGGGCCGACCAGGAGCGAAAGUGUGAGGAGCUUGGGGAGAGCCCACCUGGUCCCUGAGAAGCCCCCCCGGCUCCCCCGAAAGCAGGCGACUCCCAGCCGCGUGCCCCCAGCCAGGCCCAGGCCCAGUAGACAGACCAGCCCAUUGCCACCCCAGCCCUCGGAGCAGCAGAGGGCGGAGCCCAGCCACACCCACGGGGACUUCAAACACAGUAGGGAGGGGCUGGGCAAAGCCGUACCCCAGGCAAGACACCCCCACAAACCCCCCAAGAGGGGCAGAGCUGUCCACGGUGCUGAGCCUGCCAACCCACGCACCUGCCGCACUGCCGCGUCCCAGAGUGACCUCCUCAGCCAGCUCUUCGGGCAGAGACUGACCAGCUUCAAGAUCCCUUUAAAGAAAGAUCCCCCUGAGUAAUUUAUAGGAGCAGGCAAGUAUCUGGGAGCAGGGCUGGAGGAUGACCCAGAAACCGGGGGCUCCUGUCCACACUGGCAGGGCUCAGCCCUCCAGGAGUAUGUGCCUUGUGGCCACCUGACUUAUGCCAAUGCUCAGACUUUGGUGCUGGAGCUGAGCCUAGUGCCCUGAGCAGGGCCUGGAGGGGACGCCAUCCCCUUCUAGCUGGAAGGGGAGGGGGAGGGGAAAGCCAACCGCAGCCCUUUUGAGGGCAGGUGGGUGUUUCGUCUGUACUGAGAACUUAGGAGAGAACAGCUCAGCACGACCGCCGCCCAUGUGCCCCAUUGGCACAGAGCCCCUCAUCUGAAGGUUUGCACAGGGUCGCCCUCCACGUCAUUGGCAGGAAAGUAAGGUGAGGCAGCUGCUGGAUGGACGGCAGUGGGCUCCCUCUCUGUGUUGUCGCUGCUGUUGCUGGAACCCCAAAAUGACCUUAGACGCCAAAUCAGGGGCAGCUGUUUGGGAGAUGCCUGGCCCCCCUUCUCUGACCACAGGGCCACUUUCCGUGCCACUGACAGAAACACCAGUCUGCAGUGCACCUUGACCCCUGGGGACCCAGUCUCCCCCACACACACACCUCUGCAGUUAACCUUUCUGGAGCCUUCCUCCUACACGGAGCCCUCAGCUGCAAGUAUCCGCAAUUACACUCUGAAGUUUCUGGUGCUAUUUUCAUGUUGUAAUGUGAAUACAGGCUGCCCUGGUUUGAUUUACCUAGGAGACUGGGUGGGCAGAUGGGGUCGGGAGGCCCAUGGGCACCAGCAGCCGGCCUAGGGCUCUCACUGGGUCCCCAGCCACCGUGGAGCAGCCCCAUGGCACACUCAGGUGUGGCACUGCCGCCUGGUCAGGGAGGCCUCUCGUCCUGAUGGCCCAGGGGUCUGGGCCUGUCCAUGUUUUCGAAGGGGGAGGAGGGUGGGAGGUCUCCUUUGGUUUCUCUGAGGUUCGUGGUUGUUUCGUUCUGUUUCUUGCUUUUUUACCUUGGGUGCAAUGUGUAAGCCAAAGGUUUUUAUUUUGAUUUUUCAGAAGAGACCAAAUGGGGCCCAAAUCGCCAUUCUGGAAGGCGUGGGUGCCAUUCAGAUUGCCUCUUUAGUGCUGAUGAAUAAAACAUGGGGAACUCUGA